UUGCAUAUUUUUGCUUCUAACCGAGCACGACCACUGUUUCGAGGCAGAAAAUCGGUUUGUUGCACACCCCGACCUACUACUCACGUGAUCCCCCUUUUCACGCGCAAGGACGCGCGGGUGCUGGUACGAUGGAUCAAAGCAAUGGCGGCGGCAUUGGUGGCUGGGACCCGAACGAGUUUGCCGGCCAGGCGUGGGACCACCAGUUUGGCUCUUCGGGGCUCGUCUUUGACCAGGACGGCGGCGCUGACAAUGCCUACGCGAACUCGGACUUCGUCGGCGACGGCGCCAUCAACCCCCAGUUGUCCGGAGCGGAUCCUCAAGCCGGGCUGUAUCCCCAGUUCGACUACUAUGGCCAGGGAAAUGUCUGGCCGGGUCACGCGCAAGCCACGGUUGCGCCUUUCGACCAAGACGCCGCCUCCCUGCAGCGACAGCCCUACUUCAGCGAGCAGCGACAUCCGACCGACGCCAACCAGGUAGUCGGGAGCCAAUUUGCGCUCGAUAUCCAGCCUGAUAAUGCUUUCCCAGCCCAGUUCCAUGGCGCUCCAAAUCAGCAGGUGAAUCCUGGUCAUCACCACUUCGCCCAGGACGUGGCCAAUGGUUCCGGCUCGGCGCCGAACAGUUACCGCCAAGGCUCGGUCCCGCAGUGGCAGGAGCAGAUGUCGACAGGAUACGGCUCUGGCCACCGAUACGACAAUCCCCUUGCCAGUGCUCAGGCAUCCAACGUAUCUGCUGCGGUGCCCAAUGGUUCGUCCGCCCAAUUCUUCCCAGAUCAUGGCGCGAACACGGCGAGCAUGCCGGCGUAUCAAGCACAACUGCAGCAGCAAGUCCCAGCAGCUGCACGACCAACUCACCCCCAGUAUUCCGCUGUGCCCAAUGGGCCGUCACCGCCGCCUAUCUCGGUCGCUGGCAGUCCGCUUGCCCCUGCGCAGGCGCCUGCACGGAAGGCCACACCACAGCAGUUUCCUCAGCAGGCUCCUCAGAAGGCUCCUCAGCAGGCUCCUCAGCAGGCUCCUCAGCAGGCUCGUCAGCAGGUCCCUCAGCUGGCUCCUCAGCAGGCCCCUCAGCAGGCCCCUCAGCAGGCACUUCCGCAAGCCCAACAGCACCAAGACCAGCGACAAUUAGCCCAGCAAGCAGCUCAGGCCCCGGUUCAGCAACAAGCUGUCCAACACCCUAUCCAGCAGCCUGAUCGACGGCCGGCGCUUCAGCCUGCGCCCCCGACGGGUAUCAACCAGCAAGCGACCGCCCAACAAGCGACUACCCAGCCUCAACAAGCACAACUUCCACUGCCGACCGCCGGGACUAACGCGGUGGGCGGUGCGAAACGCGGCCCUCCUUCAGGCUCGCAAACCUCCCUGGCUAUUGCGAAGAAAGCCAAGGUGCUCGUUCCCCCGGCGGCGGACUCCCCUUCCCCGUCGAAUCAAGCCCAGCAGGCUCAGGCCCAACAGAUGCAGAGCCAGAACCAACAGGCUCAGACUCAGCAGCCUCCUGCUCAGCAGACACAGACUCAGCAGGCUCCUCCUCAGCAGACACAGACUCAGCAGUCUGCCGCCCAGCAGGCUCAGACUCAGCAGGCUCCAGCGCAUCCGGUCCAAACUGCGCUCGCCGCAAGAUUCAUCAUCCAGGAAGAUCAUCUGCUCUCGGCAGCCCGGUCCCGCCCAGAGGCGACGUGGGCCGGAGUUCCAAAUCUCGUGAUAGGCUCGGCACCCGUGAAUCUGCAGAAGGGUACUCCGACGAAGCGAUAUGUGACACUCGCCACCAAGGGCGGCAAGCCCCCGCUCUUCCCCAAGCUGUGGCGUGGCUGGACGCCGGCGGAGAUCCUUGGCAACCAUGCUCAUGCGUACCAGAGCGCGGCUGACGAUUUGGAUCGGCAGCGCGCCGACAUCCGUCUUGAGAUUGACGCGAAGCGGGCAGAGAGCGAAAUUCCAGUCGACUGGUGGAGAAGAGGGCUCAAAGAUCGUCUGGGUCAAGAGCCCACGCGGCUAGGACCUCCCCCGGAGCCGUCUUGCUCGGGCAUCAAGGCGGUCGAAUACCUACGGCUCCAUCCCGUUCAUCUCGGCAACGAGAAACUCUUCUCCACCGCGUCCACCGACUUCGCUGCGUUUGUCCAAAAUAAAGCCGGGCAGCUCAAGACCGCGAUGGUGACGGCAGACAAGAAGCCCCAGGACGCCGAAGCCGAGGCCCAAGUUCGGGCGACUAAAGAGCAACUGGAACGUGCGAUCGCGGAAGGACUCAAGGUCGAGCCAGCUAGCUUGUUGGCCAAAUUACUCACCAGCAAUCCCAGGUUGCUCGCCAUUCUCUGCAACGUGCUGAUCCGCCUGUUCACCGCGGGUGAAACAAACUCGUCUCUGGCCAAAGCCAUCCUCGGCCUGUACACUCGCCUCACCGAGAUCACGUCUGAUCACCUGGAAAUGUGGAAGAUGGAUCGACUGCGAAACAGGCUGAAGAAGGAAGGGGAUGCGGAGGCGAACGCGUUGAUGGCGCAGGUUUUCGCAAACGCGAGGCUGAACGAUGAUGACGGCAGCGGGAGCGGGAGCGAGAGCGAGAGUGAGAGUGGCUUGCCUGGCGCAGUGCCAGGCGGCCGUGGAAAGAAAGCUGCGCCGGGGUCGAGCCGGGCUCUUUCAAAACAGACAGCUCCGGGAAGCGACGCGGAAAAGACGAACGCGUCUUCCACCCCAAAAUCCGCCACCUCGAGCGCCGACUCGAAAAAACUCUCCUCCGCACCAGCCUCUUCGAAAAAUAUGGCGACCAAUGGUGAGCCCAGCAAAGCUGCAGCGAAGCCAUCCGCGAAGGAGGCUCCAGCCGCGGCGAGUCUCAAGCGCUCCCGCGAAGACGAUGCUGCCGGCGUCGAAGCGCGCCUAUCCAAAAAACCCACCAUGGGUAGCGCAUCCGCGGGCGGCGUCAAGGCAUCGUCGGGUGCCGCAAAGCCGCUGCCAGCCUCCGCCGGCAAGGCGCCAACUGCGAAGCCGUCCACGACCGCGACGGCUUCGGCGCCCGCGGCUGCGCAGGCCAAGCCGCGAUCCGGACUUCUGCUUCCCGGCAAGGCACGUCCAGCGCCCAAGCCUGCGACGAAGCCCGAGCCGGCACACAAGGCGGCGCCGAUCCCAAGGGCCGACGCUUCGAAAGUGGCGGCGACAACCAAGGCACAGCCGUCGCAGACUGCGACGACUGCGUCGCCCGCUGAAAAGGCCGCCAAGCCUGAACCUACGGCAACGGCCAGCAAUGAUUCCCCGUCCUGGUUCAAGGGGUUAAUGAAGGAUAUCGAGGGAGAGCCAACAAUUGAGACUCCUGAAACCGGUACCACGAAGGCCAGUGCUCCGGAUCCGAAUGAAACGCCCGAGGAGCGGGAACGUCGCCUUCGCAAGGAGCGCCGCCGGGGUCUAAGGGUCGCCUUCAAGAGCGGCGAUGCACUCGUUCAAAUCCGCGAGUUUACGCGGCACCCCGACGAGAUCGCGGAAAGCACCAUGGCCCGCAACGUCCGGACCGACGGCCGGUACAAGAACAGCGAGGAGAGCGAGAUGAUGAGGCGGCUUCACGGUGGCAACGGCAUGAUCGUAACCACCGACCUGACCGACGGCGAGUGGGAGGAGCCUACGGCCAUCGACUUCGCUGCGCACAUCCCCCAAGAGAAGAUGGAGCAGACUUACGUCACGAGAGGUGGACUGAGGGCCUUCGAGACCGAAGAGCAGAAAGUCAUGAGGGAGCGAGAGUCCAAGGAACUGAUGGCCAUCUACCACACCAAAGCCGACAUACCGCCCACUCCGAGAUCGCCACCCCGUUUGCCGUCGCCUUCGCUUUUCGAGGGCAGCGCCGCCAACUAUGCCGACUUCAACAAGCCUCUCCGAUCUGUCGAUUCCAUUGCCGACUCGUCUAGAUCUGCUCGCCAGCCGGAAGAGCGCUCCCGGCAAUCCGCUGACCUGGAUCCCAGCUCCUGGUAUGACCCUGCAGUGGCAGGUCAGCGCGACCAGCGCGCGCUCGAGCUUCUCGGUUCCGACCGGGUUAAGAAUUGGAAGGACCCCCAUCCGUAUCACCGCGAAGUUUCCAAGGCGACGGAGCCAAACCCUGCCAACGAGGCCAGGCUCCAGAAGGUGCUGGAGGGUCUGAAGGCAGUAGCCACAUCCGUGCGAGCCAACCAGGCUGAGAAGCCGGUGCAGUCCGCCGUCCAAGCUCCCCAGUCCGUGCAGCAAGAGGUCCCUUCGACAGCUGCCGCCGCUGCGCAGGGCACCCAAGCUAGCGCACCGGACUACUCGGCCGCUUGGGCUCAGUACUAUGCGGCCCAGCAACAGCAGCAGCAACAUGCCUGGUAUGGUCAUCAGCAGUACCCGUACGCUCAAGCCGCCAACCCGUAUGGGCAGGCUCAAGCCCUGCCGGCCGCCCAACAACAGCAACAGCAGACAGCCGACCCGAACAGCCAGUUGGCAAGCAUCCUUGCUGCUCUUGGCAACCAACAGGCCGCAGGCCAGCCCCAGCAUGCCUCUGCUGCCGCCGACCCCAACAGCCAGCUGCACCAGGCUUUGAUGGCUGCUCUGGCCAGCGGCAACCAGGCUCAGGGCGCGGCUCCCGCCCCGGCUAAUCCCCAGGACGCGCAAUACCUCCUCAACGUGAUCAAGUGGGUGUCCGGCCAAAGCCAAGGCCAGACGCAGACCCAGCCGGCGCAGAGUGCCUACCAGGCCGCGAAUCCGUACGGCCAGGCAACCCAGGGCUACGGCGCCUCCCGACCGGACCGCGACGGCUACGGCCAAGGCUACGGCCAGUCCCACCAGGAACGGGAUGCCUACGGGCAGAUGUACGGCCAGGAGCGAGAGCGCGAUGGCUACGGCCGCGACCGGGAGCGCGAUCGCGACAGGGACAGGGACAGGGAUUACCACUACCGCGGCGGACCCAAGGGCCGCAACAACGGCGGCAAGAACGAAAACAUCCCCGACCACCUCCGCGGCAUCAACCGCAGCCUGAUCGGCACCAAGCCGUGCGCUUUUUAUGCCAAGGGCCAGUGCGCCAAGGGCGACAAGUGUACUUUCCGCCACGAUUAGACGGACUGGCGCUGAGGUUUCUUUUUUUGUUGCUUUUCAGUGAUUUGCAGGCAAAGACGGAAGGGAUACGGGCGUUUUGCU